AUGAUUUCAGAUGAAGAAAAAUGCUUUGGAGACGUUUUAGAAAAAAACUACUCCCCAGAAACCUCUGAUGAGGAGAAGAUUUUAAUUCGUGCAAUGAUAUGUCGUUUGAAGCGGAUACUCAAUUGGGAUCUAAUAGAAGAUGAGGGCUUGUUCAACAAAGAGAGGGGCUCUGAAAUUAUUAGGGAUUUAAUGGUUCAUUUCAAUCGCUGGAAAUCUCUCAUUGGCACAUCAAAUAAUUUGGCGGAUUUUGUUGGUUUGCAGCAUUUAGUUAUUUAUACAAUGGCCAAGCUUUGCUUUUAUUAUUGGAUACGAGAUUCAGAAAUAGUCGGGGAAAUUUUAAGGCAAGUUUAUAUCUGUGAUGGUCACUUUUCAUCUAUGUUUGCUCAUAUAAUGAACCACAACGAAAGACGAUCAAUGUGGCCAGCACCAAAUCAAGAAACCAGACAGAAAGAAUAUCUCACCAUGGUGUAUUUUUUGACUCAUGCCCACAGUGCAAAACUGGAAUUUUCUGGCGUGCGCUUUGUGGAUUUGAGACUUAGAGUACCUUUACGAGUUCCACCUGUAUUUUUGGCGGCCAUCUACAACAAGCCUCAGAUGUUAUUGCUUCUGUUGCGCCACGGAGCUAUUGUAGAUCGGAGGCAUACAGGUGGAAGAUCAGAUGACUGGGAUCUCAACAUGUUGCUACGUCAUCUCAUAAGGAUAUUAUGGGCUUCUCUUGGAUCAGAAACCGAGGAUUCAUCGUGGGAUACAACUAUUAUUCCAAUGGGAGAGCUGGAGUUUUCGCUGAUGAACUUUGAUUCAGGUGGCCUUAUGACCACAAGUAACAGUCAUGACUUCAUCCGCUCCGUUUCAGAGCGAGGAAUUGCACCAAGAUUGAUGAAUCGGUAUCUCGAACCAUCCGAUUUACGACAUCUGUGCCGCUUUACCAUACGUGAUUCUCUGAAUGUGAAUUGGAAUUUGCCUUUUGGUGUAUUCAGCUUACCACUCCCGAAAGUUCUCCAAAAAUACGUUAACUUAUCAGAAGAUUGA